AUGGCCGUGCAUCGGUGCCACCUACUUGAGGAGAUGCUGAACGAGCAGGCCAAGCAGGCGGAGAAGCUGCGCAACGAAUUGCGCGAGCAGCAGGAGGAGAACAAACUUCUGACACACGAGAAGGAGAGCCUCAAAGCGACCAUUGCGAGGAUGGAGAUUGAGGCCGAGGUGGCGGCGGCUGCCGCCGCUGCAGCUGCUACGACAGCCAGCGCCGUAACGCCAGUGCACUCUCGCGCGGCGACGUCUUUGAAAGCAGACGCUGAGAUGCACGUCAAUGCCAGCACGUCGGCCGAAUCAGUUGCGGUCAUGGAAGAGCUAAUGACGAAAAAGAAGCGGCAACUUGACAUGCGCGAGGCAACGCUGAAGGAUGCACUCAAGAAGGUUUCGGCCGACGCGGCGAAGAUCGCGGAUCAGCGUGCUGCGUUGCAGGAGCAAGAGAAGGUGAUGACGGCACAGCUGACAGCCCAGUUUACAUCUCUCUUCGAGGAGGAGCGGCAACGUCUGGAAGAUUUCUGCGCAGACGCCGUCACGGAUGUCCAGAACAAGUAUAUGGAGUGGGUAGCGCAGCAGCAGGUUGGUGCCCUGGAGCGUCGACGGAGGUACGAGCAGGUGAUGGAGGAGCGUCAGCAGCGCGCGGCUGUAGAGCUAGCCGAGGCGAGGGCGGAACGUGACGCGCUGCAGCGCGCACUGGAGAAUCAGCGAGCCCAGUUGGCAAAGUUGCAGGAGAGCGGGUCGAAAGAGCGGAUGGGGCGUCGGAGUGACGAAAAGCGUGACGCCCUUUCGUCACAGUGCGCACGAGAAGUGAAGGCAUCACUCGAGGAAGCCGUUGCGGGGGGUGCAGCGCUUGCGGCGGCGGCGGCGAAGGGGCAGUUUCAUGCGCUCCAGACCGAGCCGGUCUCUACCCAACACUUGGGCGAGGAAGAGCGACAGACGAGUACUGACGCGGCUGCUGCGCACGCGGCGCUGGGGCCGAAAGCGCAAGACAGCAUGGAGACCCUCGUGCGUGACAUGCGCGCCAAGGAGGAGGAGUGGGCGAAGGCGACGGCGGCUGCGGUGGCUACUGCCGAGUCGGCUGCCCGCCUCGCAGAGCGCGAGCGACUGAUGCAAGAGGUUGAGAAAGCUCGACAACAAUCCCGAUGUGAGGCCGAAGAAGCGGUGCGGGUUGCGACGCAGCAGCGCGACUCUGCCAUGGACGCACUCCGUAAGCAGCACGAGCAUGACAAGGAGGAGUGGCUCUCCAAUAUGCGACGACUGGAGGCGAGCCAGAGACGAAAAGAGGAAUGCCGACAAAGCCAAGAAAAGUCCUGGCGUGAGGAAAAGGUGGCGCUGCAGCAAAAGUGCAGCGCACUCGAAGAGCGCCUCGAGACACGAAAAGCAGCAGCGUGGCAGCUGCAGCAGCAACUACGCGACGCCACGCAGGAGCUGUACAAUUUGAAGGCUAAUACGGGCGGCAAAGAGGAUGCCGCAGCAGAGGAAAGGCGAACGCGAGCCAAUGCCGCUGCGAUGGCUGCGCAGCGCUGGGCAUCCGCUUUCCUCGAGGAAGCUCAGCAGGGGCAGCAGCUGAUGCUCGAAGAACAGGCUCGCGCCCUUGCACUUCUGAAAGACGAAAUGCAGAAGUGGGCGCUGGCCAACUCUGCAGCUGCAAAUGCUAGAGACGAGAGGCAACGCGAGGCAACUCAACGGCUGCACACGGAGCUGGAGAGCGCUCGGCAGGAACGGGACACGGCACUGGAGCAGUUGGGUCGCAUGCGAGAGACUGCAGCAGACAUGACGACGAGAAUGAGUGAGGAGAGUGCGGAGCUGGGCACGCUGCGUGGCGCAAUUCAGAGGCAGCAGCGAGCUCUAGCCGAAUUGCAGGAGCAGCAUCAGCGCACUGUCGACGAACUCUACGCAACACGAGCAGCAGUGGUGGCGGCAAACACUGCCGCUGAUGUAGCUGCCCCGUUGGCGGAGUCCCCAGCUCGUGCGAUGCCUGCCGUGGACGGCACCUGCUAUCAUGUGUUGCUUCGCCUGGAGCAGUGCUGGGUGCUGCAGCAGGCGAAUUUACAGAGCUUCUACUCAGUGGCGCUGUAUGCAGUGGUGCAGCAGGAGUGGACGCAGGUGUUUGAAAGCAUGACGUCGUCGUUGGCGGCGGAGGCAGAGCGGCAGCGGCGUUUGAGCAUCCGAAACGCAGAGGCGCUGGAGAAUACGACGAGUACCAUCAAGGAGGUGCAGGAUGACUUGCGCCUGCGCACGCAGGAGCUGCUUCAACGUCAAGUUGACGUUGAAGAACAUGAAAGGCGUGUGCAGGACAAGAAGAAACGGGUGGAUGUGCUGUGCCGCAGCCUGUACACGGUGGCUCAAGAGCUGCGCAAGAUGCAUCUCGACGCCGCAGAGAGUUCGACGUUGGACGAGGUAAUCAACUCGGCCCGUGUGAUGAGUGAUUCCCCGUAG